AUGGUAAACUUUUUUCACCACAGGUAUUCAAAGAUCGCCUUGGACAGAACUCUGAUUCCCGAGCGUAAACGGAUCGACUUUGUCCUGAUCCACAACAGCGUUUACUCCAAGGACACAAACGACCCGGAGAAAAAGAAGGAGUUAGAGAGACAUGAAAGAAACAGAGAAAGGUUCAAAUCGUUGUUGGAGAAGGAAGGUUUCUCCAUCCAGUCGGACACGGUUGGUGAACACGUGUACAUCAAGCUGCACUGUCCCUUCAAACGGCUGUGUGUGGAGGCCGAGAAAGUGAGAUUAGAGAUGCCGCUUAAAGAUAUGACCAUUCCCGAGGGAAAACCGAUGAACUUUCUGGACAAAUUUGUCGACAGACAUCUGGACACAGACAAAGAUGUCUUGGACUACGUGAGCUCUCAGUUCAUCAUGAACAAAGUUCAUCUCUACGAAGGAUGGGAAGACCCUACUCAUUUUUUCCGACCAUCAAUUCGAUCAUUUCUGGUUCACCACAUCCUCAUCAAUCUGGACAUACGGAGUGACCAGGAGAAGGAGGCAGACGCGGCCGCUGAGGAAUCGGAGGAUGAGGAGGACCAGGGCGCGUGUUCGUUCUGCCCGGGGCCGUGUCGUACGAUUCUGUGCUGUGGAACGAACGGCAGACCCACCCAAGGGCCAGGCCAACAGCCGAACAGCACCGCGCUGAAGAAAAAAGGUCUCAAGUUUUUGCUGAUGAGAGGAACCUACACCGACUUCCUGGUCCUGCAUGAGGACUCUGUGAAGUCUCAUGAGAAAGAGGACAAUUUGCCGAACCACUUCGACACGGCUCAGACUCAGGUGAACUCUCUGGAUGAAGAUCCGCGGAAAGAUCUGGACGACUCGUGGACCAAGCCGCUCAAGUUCCAGCCGAUGUGGCACAUCCGCGACUACUUCGGAGAGAAGAUCGCCUUCUACUUCGCGUGGACGGGGAUGCUGAUCACAACGCUGUGGAUCCCAACCUUUUUUGGCUUGAUUGUUUUCUUCUACGGGUUAUACCAGAGCGUCACAGAGAACACAGUGACUAACUCAACAGGGGUCGCCGGAGCGCUGAAGGACGUGCUGGGAGACGUGAAGAGAGCCUUUGACAACGACAUCACUCCGUUCUUUGCCUUGUUCAUCUGUUGUUGGGGUACCAUAUUCCUGGAGCUUUGGAAGCGACAGAGAGCCACGCUGGCGUACGAGUGGGACGUGGACCAGUUCGAGGCCAAUGAGCCGGACAGACCCCAGUUUUAUGGGACAAAAAUCAAACAGGAUCCGGUGACCAACGAGGCAGCCUGGUUCUAUCCGUUCCGGCGACAGAUUCUCAAGUUUACUACCUCCGGCUCUGUCCUCUUUUUCAUGACAGCCCUUGUCAUCAUCAGCGUGGUUGCUGUCAUCGUGUACCGUGUGGUCAUGGACGUCGACUACUGCCCCAACAUGCCCGACAACGAGUGCUUCCUGUUAACGACAGUCCUCUCCUCCAUCAUGAACGCUGUGUCCAUCCUCCUACUGGGGAAGAUCUACGACAAGCUGGCCGUGGUUUUAACAGAUUGGGAGAACCACCGGACUCAAACCCGCUACGACGAUGCUCUGAUCAUCAAACUUUUUGCCUUCCAGUUCGUCAACAGUUAUGCUUCUUGUUUUUACAUCGCUUUCUUCAGAGGGCGAGGCGCCAGCAUCUUCAACGACCGCUACGUGGAUUCCUGCGAGGGUUCCUGCAUGACCCAGCUGUCCUUCCAGGUGUUGACUCUGAUGGUGGCUAAACCCUUCCCCAAGUUCUUCAAAGACAUCAUUAUCCCAUUUUUGCUGAAGCUGUGGCGAAAGCGUCCCAACUGCUGUCGCUGCCGUUGCUGUCCGUGCUGCCGUCCCAACCAGGUGGAGGAGAUGGACGGAGAGAACGUGGACAAGUGCAAGCACAGCAGCCAUCUUGGAUUCCUGGAGCGGGAGCGGCUCAAGCCGGACCUGGGCGACUUCACACUCGGGGAAUACACGGAGAAAGUUAUCCUCUACGGCUUCCUCAUGCUGUUUGCCUCGUCGUUCCCCCUGGCCCCACUGUUGGCUCUCGUGAUCUGCUAUGUGGAUAUCCGCGUAGACGCUAAGCGGAUGUUGUGGUGGUACCGGAGACCUAUCGCCUUUGUGGCCGAAGACAUAGGUAUGUGGCACGACAUCUUGAACCUUGUCAACUUCAUCGGCGUGAUCACCAACGCCUUCAUCAUCGCCUUCACCUCCAACUGGGGCAGCCAGUUUGACACCGCCGGAAAGUUGUGGGUCGUGGUGGGCUUUGAGCACAUUGUCUUUGCCCUGAAGUUUGUCCUGGCUUACAUGAUUCCUGACGUCCCUCAGCCUGUCAAGUUGGCGAUUAGACGGGAAAAGUACCUCAUCCAGAAAACGUUUGAGGACAAGCCUAAGGAUGUCGACUACUCCCAUCUGUUCCCGACGGGCAUUUCGGCCAAGGACACAAUCACGGAGGAAGACACAGACGAUGUGGAGGUGAAGCGGGCGGAGCCGUCGUCUAAACCAGUCACUGGGAAAAAAUCUGAAUAACCGCAAUGCCUCAAGCCAAAAUACCAACAGUGAAAACGCCUGCUGAAUACUUCAGUUGUUAUGUUUAUAAAGUGAAAGUUUGACUCAUAUCAUUAUCUAUGUUGUUGUAGACGAAGUGCCAUCAGAUACGUGUUGUAGGAAGAUUGUUGGACUCCAAGAGCGUGACACUACCACACUGCUGCUCUAUUCUGCGUGUUAGACGGGUGUACUGACGGGUGUAUUACGCUUGCCAACCUAAAAACUUCAAACGACAUCGCAACAUUACACUCGUGAACCUAAAAACUUCAAUGGUCACCCAACUUUACACCAGCGAACCUAUCCGAUAUCGGGACAAAUGUUGGAUUUUGUUCAAAUAUGCUGGCACUGUUCGACUACAAAUAUAUAAUUUUAUUUUUUAAAUUU